AUGGAUGACACAGAUAGCGCCAUUGAGUUGGAUUUCGAUUUUCCGUGGUGCGAUGAACCCGGAAAGGUCCAUGCGAAGACCCUUCAGCCUUUGCUCGAACCCUGUGGCCUGGGCGGUGUGAUGCCUGAAGACCACUUUGCAGUCCUCGCCAUCACACGGCAUCCUCGGAACAUCAGGUUUGACUCUGAUGACUACGACACAACGGAAGCCAUCAUCAACAGAUUGGCGACCAUGUCCACGGCGUCACCACAACCCACUGGGCCUUCUCGACCAGUAACACCCGUUGUGAAGUAUGAUUUUGUAUCAGCCAAGAUCCGACCUCUGAAGCCCAUGCCCCUCCCGCAGCCCUCUAUGUUCUAUCCUCCUUUUAGCACCAGCUCUGAGUCAGAGGAUGAGAGCAGUCCAGAGUCUGCUGGAGAGGCUGACGAUGACGAGAUGUACGACUCGCCGCUGUCUGUCCACAAGCGGGUCAACCGCAACAAGUCUAACGUCAACACCUAUCCGGAAGGAGCCGAUCUCAGCUCGAACGACGAGGAAGACGAUGCUGAGGACGACAAUGGCUACGAAGCCUCCGUCGGCAGCUCCGUGUCCCCAAGAACGCGGAAUGCCAACAAGCAGCGCAGGCAAAAGUCCAUGAGUGUGGCUACCAGCGCCAGCGCCAGCGCCCCAGCAAGUGGCAAGAGUGUCGAGGCUGUAAGGGCCGGCAGCUCUCUCGCUACCGCCGGUGACGUGGGUAGUGUCUAUAUUGCAACUAGCCAGGAGGAGGAUGCAUUGAUUGAUUUCGGAUGA